GGGAUUUUUUACUUGUCUUUUUCUCUCCUUUUCAUGUUAUUUCUGCUGCCCUUCUGCUGUGGUCUGACUUAUCCAGGAGGUGGAGGAUGACUACAUCAAAAGCUGGGAGGAUAAUCAGCCAGCUGAUGAAGGUGUGGACACCACCAAGGAUCCCUGCCAGAAAGUGAAAUGCAGCCGGCACAAGGUGUGCAUCGCCCAGGGCUACCAGCGGGCUAUGUGCAUUAGCCGCAAAAAGCUGGAGCACAGAAUCAAACAGCCUGCCCUGAAACUCCAUGGAAACAAGGAGAGCUUGUGCAAGCCUUGUCACAUGACCCAGCUCGCAUCUGUCUGUGGCUCCGAUGGACACACUUACAGCUCCGUGUGCAAACUGGAGCAGCAAGCCUGCCUGACCAGCAAACAGCUGACCGUUAAGUGCGAGGGGCAAUGCCCAUGCGCGAGUGAGCAUAGCCCGACCUCAGCCACAGACACCAAACAAGAAACCUGUACUGGGCAAGACUUGGCAGACUUGGGGGAUCGGCUCCGUGACUGGUUCCAGCUCCUGCAUGAGAAUGCCAAGCAGAACAGCUCCGGGAGCGCAGGGGCCAAUCCAGUGAAUGUGCUGGACAAGAGCCUUGUGGCCAGUUGCAAAGACUCGAUUGGCUGGAUGUUUUCCAAGCUGGACACCAACGGCGACCUUUUCCUGGACCAGACGGAGCUGGCAGCGAUCAACCUGGACAAGUACGAGAUCUGCAUCCGGCCUUUCUUCAACUCCUGCGACACCUACAAGGACGGCCGCGUCUCCACCGCAGAGUGGUGUUUCUGCUUCUGGCGAGAAAAGCCUCCUUGUCUUGUGGAGCUGGAGAGGAUACAGAUCCAGGAAGCAGCCAAAAAGAAACCCGGGAUCUUCAUCCCCAGCUGCGAUGAGGAUGGGUACUAUCGGAAGAUGCAGUGCGACCCAAGCAGUGGGGAGUGUUGGUGUGUGGAUCACCUUGGCAUGGAACUAACAGGAACGCGGAUGCAUGGGAAUCCAGAUUGUGAUGAUAUCGUUGGAUUUUCGGGGGACUUUGGGAGUGGCGUCGGGUGGGAAGACGAGGAAGAGAAAGAGACUGAGGAAGCCGGCGAGGAGGCCGAGGAGGAGGAGGGCGAGGCGGGAGAGGCUGACGACGGAGGCUACAUCUGGUAGAAGCCGCCGAGGGCACAGUUUGGUCAGGAUGCUGGCUGCAGGGCUGGGAGACGGCUGUCGAAACCCAAAGGAGAGGAACAGCUUAACAAGAUGAUCAGGAAACACAGUUGAAUGUAACUAACUAUGGCAGAACAUGUUGUGUGCGUGUGUGCGAGUGUAUGUAUGUAUGUAUGCACCUGCCUGGGUGAGUCCAUUCUCCUUACAAGGCCGUGGGGAUUAUCUGUUUCCCACCCCCCAGCUUAGCAGAGAUCAAAGCUGUAUUGAAGCAAAAUGGGAAAGGGGGCAAAGUAUUCUGCACUGUAGGUUCGGGUGGUCUUUUUAUAUAUAUAUAUAUAUAUAUAUAUAAAUAUAUUUAAAAUAUGUAAUUUAAUUUAAUGUUUAAAUUGUCUUAUCACACAUUUCCGCUCAUAGCCAGACUCCAAAAUAUGUUUACCUGCCCCAUCAUCUCUCGUGUUAUGAUUCCUAGCAAUAGCUUCCAAUAAUUUACACCUUGUUAGGUAUGUACACCUUGGCCCACCAGUUGCUUUCAAGCACAUACCUCUGCAAGCGCCCAGGAGCUCUGCCAAGCAUUCCUGGGUCUUCGUUGCAACGGAAGAGGUGUGAUCAGGUCAGGGAUGAAGAGCAACCCCUUUCUCUUCCUUUGACCGAAAGUUAGACCCAUAUCAGGCUGGGACAGGUAGCACAGCGCUGGUUCCAAACUUGGCUAGCAUAUCACGGACUUCUCAGACACCCAGAGGGUCCUGCAAAAUCCUGUCUCCCUGGAAUAUUCCCCACAGGAGGCUUGGCAUCCUCGUAGUGAUUUAAGAACCGACAGGUGGUCACAGGGUUGUGCCCGCCAAUUUAAGAAGGGCCUUGCAAACUUGUCUCCACUUUAUCUCUGGUCGCUGUAGAAUGACGGGCUUCCAUUUGGCCUCUCGGUGCCCUGGCAGAGUGACAGAGGCAUUUGGGCACACAAUUGGCUGAGAAACACUGAUUUUUUUUUUAAAAGAGAAAUAACGUUAUCGAUUGUGGAAUGCAAAUUUGUGGGGCGGGCUAGGGUAACUGACGGCAAAAAGGCAUCCCUAGCUAGGAACAAAGUUCCCAUGACGAAAAAGGGGACCAUCACCCGUCAACAGCAAAACAGCCACCCCCGGAGGUAUGCUUCCGAAUAAUUUGGGUUGCAGUGUGGCGUUGCUAUUGGCUGCUUUGUUUCUAGCUAAAUAAUCCUUUAAAAGAGACAGUCGUCCCACUGCUGCUGCAUUUGGACGCACCCACUGCUUUGUGGGCGUGGGUUCCUGCAGGUGUGAGAUUCUGUGUGUGAGUGUGUUGUGAGUGCAUGGGUGUUGCAGCCAUGGGUGCCCUCACGCAGUGUGAACAGAUGGUGUGCGUGUGUGUGGGCGUGUGUGUGCAUGGAGAAUGAGGGAGAGCCAGCUUGGCUGAUUACAUUGAGCAUUCCAGAGCUUACGCAAAAACUGUGCUUCCGGUAGAGCCAUCUAGGCUUUCUGUGUGGCUCCAUAUCCUUCAAAUACACACAAAAAAUAUGAAUAACUGUGGGAUUAUUAUUUUUUAACGUUAGCUUAAACCUCCCAAUGAGCCCAGCCACAUGCUUGCAGUGGCACCAUAACAGAGAACACUUGUGUAGCCCAGCUGUGAUAAUAAACAAGCCUUGCUGUGUUGACCUCUCUUAACCUUC